AUUAAAACCAAAGAAGUGAAAUAUGACUCCUCACUCCGACCUCUUAGUAUCAAGUAUGAUCCUACCUCAGCUAAAAUCAUCAGCAAUAGUGGUCAUUCCUUCAAUGUUGACUUCGACGACUCAGAGGACAAAUCAGAGCCAGCUUGCCUGAGUCUUCUCCCAAAGUCAAUUCCACAUUGAUUACUCAAGCUCUCUAAUCUCCUUUCUAUCAGCAAGCGAAUGACUGUUUGGCCAGCUCAGAUUUUGUUAUGCAACAGCAAGGAAGAAAAGCACAAUAGAGCCCUUGACUACUUUCCUUCAGUUCUGCGUGGAGGUCCUCUCACUGGAAGCUACAGGUGGCCGCGGUUCCACCUGCACUGGGGGUCAGCAGAUGACCACGGCUCUGAGCACGUGGUAGAUGGAGUGAGAUAUGCUGCAGAGCUCCAUGUUGUCCACUGGAAUUCAGACAAAUACCCCAGCUUUGUAGAGGCAGCUCAUGAGUCAGAUGGACUGGCUGUCCUGGGAGUAUUUCUACAGAUUGGGGAACACAAUCCCCAACUACAAAAGAUCACUGACAUUUUGGAUUCCAUUAAGGAAAAGGGUAAACAAACACGAUUCACAAAUUUUGACCCAUUAUCCCUGCUUCCACAAUCCUGGGACUACUGGACAUACCCUGGUUCUCUGACAGUUCCACCUCUCCUUGAGAGUGUCACAUGGAUUGUUUUAAAACAACCUAUAAAUAUCAGCUCUCAACAGUUGGCCAGAUUCCGUAGCCUCCUGUGCACAGCCGAGGGUGAGACAGCGGCUUUUCUGUUAAGCAAUCAUCGUCCACCACAGCCCUUGAAGGGCCGCAGAGUGAGAGCAUCUUUCUAUUAACAGACACCAGUGGAUCAACCCAGCCAGGAGCACGAGGGCGGCAAACAAAACAGAACUCAGUCAUUCCUACUAACAGAUUUCUAGACUUUCAAGUUAAUAGAUUCCACUUUACCAGCAGCUUUGGCACCACAGAGAUCUGAACUAACUUAGCUCAUCUCUCCUAGAUUUACAUCAACACAUGUCCAAUUGGUAAACAUUGUUGGGCAUAUAUUAAUACCACAAAGUACACCUUUUCAGCCUUCAUGACCAUAUGGCCAACCUUACAAACCUCAGACUGUACUAAAAGUUUGUUGUGGUCUUUGGCUGAUCCUGCCACAUUUUAAAUGGUAUUUGCUAAGACUUUAAAUUCACUUUGAAAAUGUUAUAAUUCCUAAACAAGUAGUUCUUAGAGUUUUUAUGUUUCUUAUUAAUCAAGACUAUAUAUUUCCUUUAAUGUAUUUUUUUCUCAAACUCUCCUCGUGUGUACUGUGUGAUAUAGUAUACUACAUGAGGUACACAGGGAUUAAGAUAGAAUAAUGUGUUUACUUUUCUGAUCAAAGUAACAUACAGCAUUGGUGAGGAAUUCUUCAGCAUGUAAACAGCUAUUUAAGGUAUUAUUUCAUGUAAUAUAUUCACCUAAGAAUGUUAAUAACCACCAAAGUGAUGAUUGACGUAUUGUGUGGCAGUGUUAGCUGGCUCAUGACAUUAACACGGUUCAGACUGUCAGGUUGCACAAUACUACUGCAGCAAAACCACCCUGAGCUGGUGAACAGGUUCCUGCAUUUGCCCUGUGUUUUAACAGAGCAGGGAGCUGUCCUGUGUCCGUUGAUUUUUCUGUCACUAGUGAAAAAAUGGAACUGAGUCUCACAUAAAUCCCUAGGCCAUCUAGUGCAUUUUCCUUGUACAGCUCACAUUUGUACAUGUUGCUAAGUCUCUCACGUGAUUUAAUAAGAUGCCAUUUGGUUUGGUACUAGUUUUAACCUGUUCGGUUUUUUUUUUUUUUUUUUUUUUUUUUUUUUUUUAGGGGGGGGGG